AUGGGACCCAAGACACGGCGUAGAAAUUCUAGCCCUGAUGAAUAUAAUACAGCGGAUGAGGAAGAGAAUAUGGACGACUUUAUUGUAGAUGAGUUCCUUUCUGAAGAAGAAUCCACAUCGAGAAGAUCUCUAAGAAGUGGUAGGAAAACUGAAGUGCCCAGAGGAACAAGAAAGAAAUCGAGUUUACAAAAUAGCAUGGAUCCUUCAACUGAAACAACUAAACAGAGGCCCAUUAGCUCUAUACGGGGGCGUUCAUCUAGGUUAUCUGGCACAUCUGAACAGUCUCCACGAAAGGUCUAUUCUAAAGGUCAAGAAGAAAAGAUAAUGUAUACAUAUGGUACCGAUGAAUUAACUUUUCAGCGUGGAAAAAAUUUAGUGAACGCUUGGAAACACUUUGAAACAGCCCCAGGGGCAGCAUGUUUUGAGAGGGGUCCAUUGUUUGUAGAAGUCGAUUCCGACGACAUUCAGCCUUCUAAGAAAAAGCAGAAUCCCAUUUUUUCUGAUAAUCGAUUUGGUGAGUACUCUAAUGACCAUUUACCUUUAUUGAUUGGUAAUCGGGAGCCUGUCUAUAAUCUUCAGCCGCUUCAGAUCUUCGACAGCGAAUCUAGGUACUCUUUGAAAAAAGAAUAUUUAGUUAAUACCGGAAUCCAUAUAACUUCUUUGUCCUGGUUACCUACGAGGGAAACAGUUCAGUAUAUAGCAGUAGGUGGUUUGCUGCACAGUGGUGAAUUAGCUGGACCUAUUUUCACGCCUUCGUCAGGAAGAAACCAGAUUCAAAUUUGGGAUCUCGUUAAUGAAAAGGAAUUAUAUUUAUACUGUACCCUUUGGCAUGACUGGGGAAGCGUUUAUCAACUUCAGUGGUGCCCCUGUGUUUUCAACAAAGACAUACUUGGUUGUUUAGGAGUUGUUACAAGUGACGGAAUAAUGCGGAUUAUUAAUGUACCUAGUAAAAUAAGUCAUAAAAAUGUAUUUAUUAACGAAGCGGAGUAUACAUUACAGCUUCCUAAUUGCUUAAUUUCCUGUUUCUCUUGGAUUUCUACGGGUGAUGAAUUUCCUAAGCAAUUGCUUGUAGGAUGUUCCAAUGGAUAUGUAGCACUUUGGGACAUUGUUGAUUCCCAAAAUGGACCUCUGUUUUAUAUUCCAAUACAUGAUUCGUACAUUCAUACAGUUACUCAAUGUUCAAAUGAGUUUCCAACUAUGUUUGUUACAACUGCUUACGAUUGUUACACGCGCAUCAUAGAUAUAAGGCAUCCUGAGUUUGAAAAUAAGGCAUUAUCACAUAAACGAGAUAUAUGUUACGCCAUUGCUUGGAGUAAUCUGUUGCAGUCUAUAAUUUCCACAACCGAAUCCCAAUUGGUGAUGAUUGAAUCAAUUAGAGGCCUUACCACUCAAAUUCUAGACGAACGCCAUGGAUCAGUCAUGUGUUUAGGGACAAGCAAACUCCAUCCUUUUGUUGCAAUUGGAUCGUCAGAUGGGAUAGUGACAGUCGUCAAUCCUUUCCGACUGUUAGGGUUUUCACAUAAGCACAGGGCGAAUGUUCACAGAAUUUUUCAGUUAGAGUAUAGUGAAAAGCAGAAAAAGUACAGGUUCUCAAAUAACUUUCGUCCUGGAUUGACGAAGUCAAGGAAGCUUGAUAUGUAUAUAUUUCCUUGGCAAGUACAAAUUAAUUGCACAGAAUGGAACCCCAAUUACAGUCAUGGAGGAUGGUUAGCGAGUGGGAUGGCAUGUGGACUUUUGCGUUUAGAAGAUUUGUCUGCUAUUCAUAGAGCUUGA